AGCGACGCGCGGCGCACCGGACGGCGCCGCUCGGGCCAGGACGGCUGCAGCCCGAGGCCACGCGCGGCUCAGGAACGCUCCUGGUCGCCGCCCCUGUCGUUCUGUCCCGCCGCCGGGCGGCAUGAGCCCGCGGCCGAAGCUUUAGCGCCCCACUCCUCCGCCCCGGGGGCCCGGCUGCGGUGACGGGUGCUCGCUGCAGGGUUGGGGGCGAUGAAGCCGAGUCCGACCGGGACGGCGAGAGAACUGGAGCCGCAGGCGCCGGCCCGGGGCGAGCAGCGCGCGGCGGAGCCCGAGGGGCGCUGGCGGGAGAAGGGCGAGGCGGACACGGAAAGGCAGCGCACCCGGGAGCGGCAGGAGGCCACGCUGGCUGGGCUGGCGGAGCUGGAGUACCUGCGCCAGCGCCAGGAGCUGCUGGUCAGGGGCGCCCUGCGCGGCGCCGGGGCCGCUGGGGCCGCUGUGCUGCGCACCGGGGAGCUGCCGGGGGAGGCGGCGCAGCGUAGCCGCCUGGAGGAGAAGUUCUUGGAGGAGAACAUCCUACUGCUGCGGAAGCAAUUGAAUUGUUUGAGGAGAAGAGAUGCUGGUUUGUUGAAUCAGUUGCAAGAACUUGACAAGCAGAUAAGUGACCUGAGACUGGAUGUAGAAAAGACAUCUGAAGAGCAUCUGGAGACAGACAGCCGGCCCAGCUCAGGGUUUUAUGAGCUGAGUGAUGGGGCUUCAGGAUCCCUUUCCAAUUCUUCUAACUCAGUCUUCAGUGAAUGUUUAUCCAGUUGUCAUUCCAGCACCUGCUUUUGUAGCCCCUUGGAAGCAACCUUGACUAUCUCAGAUGGUUGCCUCAAAUCUGCAGAUCUCAUAGGAUGGUUGGACUAUAAAGAAGGCCACUGUGAAGACCAGGCCUCAGAGGCAGUUUGCCGUUCCCCCUCCACAUCACAAUUUAAUCCCCUUGGUGUCAUUGCAGAUGUGAAUCCCAAGUACCAGUGCGAUCUGGUGUCUAAAAACGGGAAUGAUGUCUAUCGCUAUCCUAGUCCACUUCAUGCCGUGGCUGUGCAGAGUCCAAUGUUUCUCCUCUGCCUGACGGGCAGCCCCCUGAGGGAAGAGGACAGGCUGGGUAACCAUGCCAGUGACAUUUGUGCCGGAUCCGAGCUGGACACCAUCAAGACAGAUGCCUCCUUACCGUCGCCAAGCGGUUUGUGGUCUGCUCCCCAUCCUUUAUCCAGUAAGAAAAUGGAUGGCUACAUUCUGAGUCUGGUCCAGAAAAAAACGCACCCUGUAAGGACCAACAAACCAAGAACCAGUGUGAACGCGGACCCCACGAAGGGGCUUCUGAGGAAUGGGAGUGUUUGUGUCAGAGUGACUGGGGGUGUCUCACAGGGCAAUAAUGGGAACCUGAAGAACUCAAAACAGGCGCCUUUGCCCUCUGGUGGAAUCCCCUGUUUGGACAAUGGGACAUUCUCCCCACCGAAUCAGUGGUCAAAAGAAUCAAAGGCAGAACAACAGGAAUGCAAGAGGUUACCCCUGCCAGAGGGUUGCUCUCCUAGCACUGCCACUGAACUUCAAAGUAAGCAUCUGCCCAAAAAUGCCAAGCCAGCCCCCCAAGAACAUGCUCGGUGUCCCACUACUGUGACAGGGGAGUCCCCUAAAGAAAGCAUUCAGGUCCCAGCUGCCUCUCCAAAAGAGAGCCCUGGGAGAGUCCUCGCCCCACUGCAAGGAAACACAGUUGUCCAGCCACUGAAAAAGACGGCGCAGAAGAGCAGCCUGCCGGCCGUCCCAGCAGCGGCGCCCCCUCCUGCCCCUCCCGCGCUGCUGUCCUCAGCUCUCCCCGUGGAAGAAAGGCCUGCCCUGGAUUUCAAAAGCGAGGGCUCUUCUUCUCAAAGCCUGGAGGAAGGGCUUCUGGUGAAGGCUCACUUCGUCCCGGGGCAGCAGCCGGGUGUGAGGCCGCCCCGGGGCCCCCGGACCUCGGCUGUCCCCAGGGGCUCCGCCCUGAGGCACAGGGCCCAGGCCCUCCACGGCCCCGACGGCGCCUUGCCCACCGUGAGGGAGAAAACCCGGGUGGCCAGCAAGAAGUGUCGCUUCCCCGACGACGUGGAUACAAAUAAGAAACUCAGGAAGACCUCAGCCAAGGGGAGAAAGGGUGCGGGCGGCCAGGCCGAGGCGGGUGUCCCCAGCCGGCCUCUGGGGGCCGCCCACCGGGCGGGGAGCCGGGUGCACGGCCACGGCCGGGAGGCGGUGGUGGCCAAGCCCAAGCACAAGCGAACCGACUCGCGGCGGUGGAGGUCGGCCGCCGAGAUCUCCUACGAAGAAGCCCUGCGGCGCGCCCGGCGGGGCAGGCGGGAGAACGCGGGCCUGUACCCGGCCGCCGUGGCGCUGCCCUUCGCCAGCCCGUACGCCUACGUGGCCAGCGACUCCGAGUACUCGGCCGAGUGCGAGUCCCUCUUCCACUCCACGGUGGUGGACACGAGCGAGGACGAGCAGAGCAACUACACCACCAACUGCUUCGGGGACAGCGAGUCCAGUGUGAGCGAGGGCGAGUUUGGCGGGGACAGCACUAGCACCAGCGACUCCGAGGAAAGCGGGGGCUUAAUUUGGUCCCAGUUUGUCCAGACUCUCCCGAUUCAGACGGUCACAGCCCCAGACCUUCACAACAACCCCACCAAAACCUUUGUCAAAAUUAAGGCUUCUCAUAACCUCAAGAAGAAAAUCCUCCGCUUUCGGUCUGGCUCUUUGAAGCUGAUGACGACCGUUUGAGGAACAUCAUUGGUGUAAAAAGUGGUUGGUUUGUUUUUCUAGUGAUGGAAGUAAAGGAGGUGUCUUAGUUUUCUGUGUGUGUAAUAAUUUGAUGGAAUGCUUUCCUUUUGUUAAGAUGAAACAGAGGUAAAUUAUGUCUCUUCUUCAUAGAUGGACACUGGUGCCUUUAAUGGAAGGUAAAGAAUGUUUUGCUGGUUAGAAGUAAAUAUUGAGGUUUUAAUGGUGGUGAUAGUGAAUGAAUUUUGUGGUAUCAGCUGAUGAUUAUUUUAAAUUUCUGAGCAUCUGUGAAGGCACAGGUUUUGAUGUUCAGGUCUUACUAGGAUGAGACCUUUCGAUCUGAAGGCCAAGUAGAUGGAAUUUUAGGACAUACAUUUGCUUCUUGGUUCUUUAGGGCAGUGUCUCCAUGAGGGCUUUCCUGGUGAGCAGCAUCACAUGCAAUUGUGUGAGGUAGGGACGAGGGAUGGUGGUUGUUUUCCGUAGUUUUUUAUAUAGUCUACAUUUCUCAGAGGUACCCCCAUUCUAUUUUCUUCUCAGAACUGUUUGAUUUACGGGACUCAGAACUUGAAGACCAGACCCUAAAUCCAGAGAGCUGGUGACUUGGAUAGAGAGGCUGGUAAUACCUUAAAGGGACUCAGUGAAACUUGUACCACACUUUGUGCCUAGGCCCCAGUUACAGUAACCACUUCUAGGGCCAUUUACCCAACAUUUUGAUGCCUUUCUCCUCCUCCCUAAUUUGCAGCAGAUCAAACCAUUCCUCCCUUGGAGGACUUGCCUUUGGGAUAAAAUUUUGGUCCUUGGGUCAGAGAAAUUCACUCCUAAUGAAAUAACCCUUGGGCAUGACUCCAAGCCCAGAAUUGCUCAUUGAGCGCUGUGCGAUCUAAGCAUUGGCCCAAACAUGUUAGUGCAAUCUAGUCCAGAUUGGACCACUGACCCUGUCUGGAAGGGCUUUUUUUUUAAAAAAAAUUUUGGUAAACAGUAUUGUGUAAAAUUGCUUUUUUAUACCAAUAUAUGCAUGUUUUGUGCAUGAGUAGUAUUUGUUUUGAUAUUCCUGUUGAUGUUAAAUUACUGUAUGAUAUAAACGGUAUGUGUUUUUAUAUAUCAUUGUGUAAAUUUAAUAUAACAUUAUAUGCUGUAAUAAACAAUUUGUUUUACUGCU